AUGGCUUUCCCCCACAUAUCCAAGACCUUUGUAUCGGGAGGAACCAAGUAUUCUGGACUGAGGACUCCAAGAAGGGAAAUCACAGAGGAAAUGCUAGGAAACUUGAAUAUCAAUGCCAUAUCUGAAGAAAAAUCUGAAGAAAGAAGUACAUUAGGCAUCUAUCCCGUUGAACCUGGGAGUCUCAAGCUUAACCCGGCAAAAUGCACGUUUGGAGCCAGAUCAGGGAAGUUAUUAGGGUUCAUAGUCAGCAGAAAAGGGAUUGAGGUUGACCCUGACAAAGUAAAAGCAAUACGAGACUUACCGCCCCCGCGCACUCAGAAAGAAGUUCGAGUACUAUCGCCGCCAAGUCUAGAUAGACCAUUGAUACUGUAUCUAACAGUGUUUAAGAAUUCUAUGGGAUGCAUAUUGGGUCAACAUGAUGAGAUAGGACGAAAAGAAAGAGCAAUCUACUAUCUCAGUAAGAAGUUCACCGAAUGCGAAACAAGAUAUUCGCCAAUCGAGAAGUUAUGUUGUGCAUUGAUCUGGACAACUCGGAGACUGAGACAGUACAUGUUGUACCAUACAACCUGGCUAAUUUCUAAAUUGGACCCUCUGAAAUACUUGAUGGAAUCAACCGCUUUGAAUGGAAGAAUGGCCCGAUGGCAAAUUCUCCUAUCUGAGUUUGACAUAGUCUAUGUGAACCAGAAGGCUGUAAAAGGGAGUGCAAUAGCGGACUUCCUAGCAAGUAGAGCGCUGGAGGAUUAUGAACCCUUGAACUUUGAUUUCCCAAAUGAAGAUUUGAUGAAUGUUGCAACUAUAGAAAAAGAUUUUCAAGAAGAUGGUCCUUGGAAGCUGAAUUUUGAUGGAGCUUCAAAUGCUAUAGCUUGCAUUAUGGGCAUCCGAGCAGCCAUAGAACGGAAAAUUAAGGUGUUAGAGAUUUACGGGGACUCUGCAUUAGUAAUUUACCAGCUCAAAGGGGAAUGGGAAACAAGAGACCCCAAGUUAGUCCGCUAUCGAAAAUUGGUUAUGGAAUUGAUUGAGGAAUUUGAUAGUGUCACCUUUAGUUAUCUCCCACGAGAUGAGAAUCAGAUGGCAGAUGCUUUGGCUACCCUAGCUUCUAUGUUCAAAGUAAAUAGGCUAGAGGAUAUGAAGCCUAUCCAAAUCAGCAUUUAUGAGGCUCCAGCCCAUUGUUGCAAUAUUGACAAUGAAGGAGAAAAUGAUGAUCACCCCUGGUACCAUGACAUAUUGCGAUAUGUGAAGAGUCGUGAGUACCCUGACCAUGCGACGGAAAAUUAUAAGAAGACAUUGAGGAGAUUAGCCAUUGAUUAUGUCCUAGAUGGGGAUAUCUUGUAUAAAAGAGGAAAAGAUCAAGUAUUGUGGACGCUGUUGAAGCUAAGGAAAUUUUGA